AAGUUACAUGGAAAUAAUUUAUUUGUAUGUGGUGACAGACACAUUAUCAAUGGGGUUUAAAGGAUGAGGAUGCAAUCUGAAAGGCGUUCUUAAGAUCAAUGAAGAAAGGAUGGGGUGAUAAUAUGAAGGAUGAACGGGAUAAGUGGCGUGCAAACAGUGAGUAUAGGCUGGUAUGGGUGCCUGAGCACCUAUGGCCUACAUUAUGCGCUUAUUGGGAUUCUGCUGAGUUUCACAAUCUUGGCGAGAGGGGGAAGAAAAACCAAGCAUCUAGGGAACGAGUUACACACACUAUAGGAUCAACCAAAGCUGCUGGGGGGGUAAGGCCAGCACACCAAGAGCUAUAUAAGGAAACACAUACUUUACGAAAAGGUGUCCCCCAAGGACAAGAAGCUCCAUGGUGUGGCGACAAACAUAAGACUCGGCAUGAUACGUAUGUUAGUGAGUGCUCUGCUACAUAUGGCUCGGACUCAGCAUCAUGGCCACCUCGGGACAAUGAUGCUUGGGCAACUGCUGUUAGGGGAUGCCACAGCAAUUUCAUGCUAGGAAUUGGUUCACAGCAAUUUGCUGAUUUUAGUGCCUACGAGAUGCGCCCGCCUAGUGUUACACCAUCAUUGCCUCACACUGGGCAAGCAUUUCCUCCUGUAGGGACAUCAUUCCCUAUUGCUGGGCCAUCGUUUCAUGCUAGUGGGCCAUCAUUUCCUCAUGCAAUGCCAAUGCAAAUGCCAAUAGAACCUGCAUUCCCCAUGGGCCAAAUGGGGAGACAAUCAAGAUCUCCAGGUACAUCUUCAGUCAAUCCCCCACAAGAUGAUUAUGGUUACCAGCCGAGAUUUGAUGCAGAUUACCAAGGUCCAUUUGGGCCGGAAUGAUCAGUGUGCAUGAGGUUGCGAAUGCAAAACUUGGCAUGUUCUUGAUACUUAAGGAAAAUACUUUUAGUUUCUGGGUUUGUGAUUUCAACUUGUUAGGACAUUGGUGUAUAUGUCAGUUGGAAUUGAAUGGUUUGUGGUAAUAUUAACUGUAUUAUUAUGACUUGCAAGUUUAGAAUAUGUAAAUGGUCAUGUUAAAUGUUGCAAGUGGUACUUAUAUACUUAUCUUUUAAUUUAUGAUUAUGAGAUGAGGGAAUUAUAUAAGUGGUACAUAUUUAUAAUAAUGUGAUGAAUUGAAA